AUGUUAACAUCUCCUAUUUACAAUUGCAAGCUCAGUAGUCCUCUUCCAGUGGUUCACAAGUAUUAUCAGUCUGGGGACUUAAUCAUUGCUGCAAUUAUUUAUCAAGUCUUCUUUCUUUCCAAUGAGAUCAUUUUCGAAAGCCUUCCUACUCGUGAAGUACUUGAUCAGUACAUGUUCAUCACUCAUAAUUAUCAACAAGCUUUGGCUCUGGCAUUCGCUGUAAAGGAGAUCAAUGGACAUUCUGAGAUUUUACCCAAUGUUAGCCUCGGUUUCCACAUCGCUACCAAUAAUCUCGAGGAAUAUACAACGUAUCUUUUAGUAAUGGAAUUUCUAUCUACAAAAGAUCAAUUUAUCCCCAACUACAAAUGUAAUGACCAGACCAAUACGGUAGCUGUCAUUGGAGGACCACGUACUAAAACCUGUCUCAACAUGGCAACAACUCUGUGCAACUACAAGUUUCCCCAGCUUACAUAUGGAUCAGCUCCUUUGAUGAAUGAUGACCAAGCAGGAAUUUUUGUCAAAUGGAUGUUCCCUGAUGAGAUCCACCAACUUAAAGGAAUACUGCAAUUAUUGUUACAUUUUGGAUGGACCUGGGUUGGGUUGAUUUCUCGAUAUGAGGAAGAUAGGGAGAGGUUUGUUCAAAAGAGUCUUUCCAUGUUUUCAGCAAAAGGAAUCUGCUUUGACUUUAUAGAAUGUCUACCCCAAAUGAUGUAUGGUAGUCAAGCUGCUGAAAUGGUGGAGAAGGCAGAUAAAAUAUAUACAGUGAUCAUGUGGAGUACAGUCAUUGCAGUGAUCUUUAAUGGUGAAAUGACGAGCAUACUGACAUUGAGGAUGAUGGUCUCUGUUUUAGAUUCUGAUGAUAUUCCCAAAGAGAGAAAAGCCAAAGUUUGGAUCAUGACAGCUCAAAUGGAAUUCACCUCUUUUCUAAUGCAAAGACAGUUGCCCAUUGAUUUUCUCCAUGGUGCAAUUUCCUUUGCACUUCACUCCAAGGAGCUAGCUGAAUUCCAACAAUUUAUGCAGAAGAGAAUCCCAAACUUAGAAAAAGACGAUGGGUUUAUUAGAGAUUUCUGGAAAGAUGCAUUUGAAUGCUCAUUCUCUAGUGAUGUUAGAGAUGAGAAUGCUGAAAGGAUCUGCACUGGAGAAGAAAAGCUGGAGACUCUUCCUAAUUCUGUCUUUGAGACCACCACGGGUGGACAUAGCUACAGUAUUUACAAUGCAAUCUAUGCUGUGGCACAUGCUCUGAAGGCCUUGCAUGCCUCCAAACUCAAAGCGGGUGAAAAAAUUGUUGAGAGAAGAUGGAAGCUUCAAUCACCAUGGCAGACUUUGCCUCUUUCCAUCUGUAAUGAGAAAUGUCCUUUUGGCUACAGCAAGGUAAAAAUAGAAGAGAAAUUAUCCUGCUGCUAUGACUGUAGACAGUGUCCAGAAGGGAAGAUAGCUGACCAAAUGGACUUAGAUGAUUGUUUCCCAUGUCCAGAGGAUCAAUAUCCAAACAAAGGUCAAGAUAAUUGUCUUCCAAAAAUUGUAACUUAUUUGACUUUCCAUGAGCCGUUGGGUAUUUCUUUGGUAACGAUUUCAGUUUCCUUUUCUGUCAUCUCAGCUAUGGUAUUAGGAAUCUUCAUUAAACACAAGGACACUCCCAUUGUCAAAGCCAACAACAGGAACCUCACCUACAUUCUUCUCAUUGCUCUCCUGCUCUCCUUCCUUUGCACUCUGCUCUUCAUUGGGCAACCUGACCAAGUGAAAUGUCUCUUGAGGCAAACUACUUUUGGCAUCACUUUCUCUAUAGCCCUUUCUUGUAUUUUGGGUAAAACAACCAUAGUAGUUCUUGCUUUCAUGGCCACCAAGCCAGGCUCCAAAAUGAUGAAAUGGGUGGGGAGAAGGAUGGCCAACACAAUCGUCCUAUCUGUCUUCAUGGCCCAGUUCUCCAUCUGUGUAGUCUGGUUGGCAAUUUCUCCCCCAUUUCCAGAUUCAGACAUGCACUCCAUGGUUGAAGAAAUUGUUUUGGAAUGUAAUGAAGGUUCAACCACAAUGUUUUAUACUGUCCUUGGCUUUAUGGGGCUCUUGACUGCUGUCACCUUCACAGUGGCCUUCUUGGCUAGGAAUUUACCUGACAGCUUCAAUGAAGCCAAAUUCAUCACCUUCAGCAUGUUGGUCUUUUGCAGUGUCUGGGUGUCAUUUGUUCCUACCUACUUGAGCACCAAGGGGAAAUAUGUGGUUGCUGUGGAGAUCUUCUCCAUUUUGGCUUCAGCGGCUGGAUUACUGGGGUGUAUCUUUUCCCCCAAGUGCUAUAUCAUUAUUCUGAGGCCUGAUUUGAAUAAGAAGGAGCAACUAAUAAAAAAAUAA